AAAAAGAAAACCAGGAAGCAGUGGAAUAGGCAGACUCCUGGGAAAUUCAACGGAAUGUUGCCACGUAUUACACGAACACAGCAAAAAUGGACAGAGUGACAAGACUACAGCACUGAUUGCCAUUGAGCAAUGAGAUCUGGUGUCUGGCUGUACUCCAGCCUGCGGUAUUUAAAAACCCAGCUAGCAGCCCAGUCCUCAGUGUCUCUCCAGAGCGAAGAGCAGCAGUAGAAGAUGACAAGCCACUGGCAGCUCCUCUGUGUUCUCCUCUCCUCGGCUCUGCUCCCUGCGCUGUCAGCACCUGCAGGAGCUCUGCACGAUGCUGAUCCUGACAGCCCAGAGGUCCGUGACUCUGCUGCCUUUGCCCUGUACUCAUUCAACUACUUCAACAAGGACCCCUACCUCUACAAAAUAACCACGUUCGAGUCUGUGAAAGAGAAGGAUGUUGGUGGGGGAGAGUACAUAAUGGAUGUGCUGCUGCAAAAAACCCAGUGCAGGAAAAAAGAGGAUACUGACCCUCAGUCCUGCCUACUUAUGACAAACCCACAAGACACAAAGGCCCUCCUGUGUCAUUUUGUGGUCUUGAAUGCUCCCUGGAAGCAGGAGAGAGUGCUGAUUGAAAGUCAGUGCCACCCGAGACAACAGGGACAGUGAGGGGCUGGAGUUCACACUGGGACAGCAGAUUCCCAGGGUCUUAAAGAAAUUAAGAUUACUUUUACUCACCAAAGUAAAAAAAAAUAAAGAUUCUAAAGAAACCUGA